CGCCGGGCGGAACCGAGCCUGUGUCAGCCGCCUCAUAACGGUUCAGCAUGGCGGCAGCGAGCGUCGUUUCCAAACUCGUGUCGGCGAUGAGCGGGAGGCUGUGCAAGACGUGUCCCGGGCUCGCGGCGGUUCGGAGCUUCUGCGGCACCGCGGGUCGGCUCCAGCUCCCCGGGGCUGAAGGGGUCGCCGGGCUGACGGGGAAAGUGGACCGGUUCGGGGGAGUGACCGUUAACUUGGCUGAGACCGGCUUCACAGCUGACCUGUGCGAAAGUGCCUUCAGUGGGCUAUUGAAAGACUCUCUGGCCCGGUGGAAGUCAGAAGGUCGCAUCGCUGUGUGGCUUCAUGUUCCUGUCGCCCUGAGUCGCUUCGCUGCUGCCGCCUUCACUCACGGCUUCACCUUCCACCACGCCAGAGACGACCACGCAGUCAUGUGUCUGUGGAUGGGAGACGGCGACAGUCGGCUGCCGAGGUUCGCCACGCACCAGAUCGGUGUGGCAGGUGCAGUUGUGGACGAGUGCAACGGUAAAGUUCUGGUCGUGCAAGACAGGAACAAGACGAAAAAUGCGUGGAAGUUUCCGGGAGGUCUGUCGGAUCCAGGAGAAAAUAUUGGCGACACGGCAGUGCGUGAGGUCUUGGAGGAAACCGGCGUCCGCUCAGAGUUCCGCUCCCUCCUCAGCCUCCGGCAGCAGCACAACCACCCCGGGGCCUUCGGCAUGUCGGACAUGUACAUCAUUUGUCGGCUGCAUCCGCUCAGCUACCACAUCGACUUCUGCACGCAGGAGUGUCUGCGCUGCGAGUGGCUGGACCUGGCCGAGUUGGCCCGGACCCAGCACACCACGCCCAUCACCUCCCGCGUGGCCCGGGUCCUGCUGCACGGGCUGGAGCACGGCUUCCACCACGUGGACCUGGGCAUGGAGGAGCUUCCUGCUGUCUACUCGGGGAUGUUCUACCAGCUGUACCACCGGACGGUCACCUCGCCAUAGCUAGGUCCGCGGCUAACCAAUGGUAUUGCAGUGUGUUUAUGAUGAAGGAACGAGGAAGAACCUCCGUCACAUCGGAGCAAAACAGGUUUCAUAUUCCAGACUAUGGUGAGCCUUUUACAAGACGGACUUUUGUCUUUGGUGUUCAACCUCCAGUGUGAGAUUUUUACUGUUACAUUGCUAGCCAUGCAAACAGCUAGCAUCUGGCCUCUCUUGUUGAGAGAUUAAGUUAUAGAUUCUGUAUAGUGAUGUAUGAUUGAACGAAACAAGCCAAUGAGUCAACAGGAAAAAUCUGAUCACCUGAAUGAUCAGAUGGAUUAAAAUCUGAAGAGUAAAACUUGACCAUUGUCUGGCACUGAGCGAGCCAGUGUUAUUAAACUAUAUUUGAAGUUGAGUUUCUCUCUUGGUCACGAAUACUGGUUAUUGUUUGUCUUCCCCACAGAAGCGCGUCGUUCCAUGUCACCGAGUCAUUCAAGUCAGUGCCAUUCGCAGAUACUCAGCAGGUCUGUUGUCAGAGUCGAGUUUCACCUUCGCCCCUUCAGGUCCAACCUGGAGCCACUCAUGUGAGUCGGAGCCCAAAAUAAACCGACACGCCAACCUGGUCUGUUCACUCCUGAGCAAGGCACCACCGCCGAGUCCCGCCGUCGGUCUGUCAGUACUUGGCAGACAUGGGCAGGAAGAGAAUGGCCUUCUGGCCUGGCCCGGUUUUGCUGCCCGACUUGUACUGGCCGGUCCGCUUCAGUGCCACGUACAUGUUGGGGUACUUCCUGGAGGAGUAGGUGUUGUAGUUGUUGCUCUCCAGCCGCUCCAGGAAGUAGCACUCGUCCGUCGCUCGCCUCUGGAGGAAACAAGGAAGCGAGUCACCCAGGCUGCUUCACAUACACAGGUCACAGCAGGACUGCAUCUGUCCCACGUCUCCAGUCCCUGAGACUAAGGCAGCCAUUUGGACUGAUUAAAGAACCUCUUUCUGCGACUGCAGCCGGGGACACGAGACACCACAGAGAAGAGCCUCUGAGUGUCGGCCUGACUUGUGGACAAGCUGCAGCUCCAAGUCCUAAGAGUUGAACGCCACUAAACCUCAUGAGAGGACGACUUGUCACAUCAGCACUGGAAGACAGCUCGACUCGUGUUUGAGAGGGUCAGGGCGUGUCUGUCGACCUCAGCCAGCACGCUAACAUUAUGACCACCUGCUGAGCCUCUCAGGCUUCUCUUGUUGACCUUAGGGGACCUGAUAUCCCCUGUGAAACGCUUCAGUUUUACUGCAUAUUUUGGUCUUUCUCAGUAACAAAAGCAGGAAUACAUGCAGAAAAAUAAAUGGAAUAAAACUGGAGAUUAAA